CUUGUACUUGGUCGCCUGACAACCCUGCUGUAGCCGCUGUGCUGUGUGGUUCAGUGGGCGCACGAGUGAAACUUGCCGGCGUGGCCGCCACUGAAAACCCCGACCCGGGCUUUUAAGCACCGCGUAGGCAGACAAACAACUGCUUAGUGAGAAAAGAAUGGGCAAGUUCCAGUUAUUGUUUUCCAGGUAAUUUGUUUGCGUAGUCAUUUGAUCCUUUCCAUUGCCUAUUGCAGCUUCCAAUGGCAAUUUCCGCACGGCGCCUCGUUAAUUCUCCGUUCUAGUGGUCGUGUGCUGGUUCUAUUCUUCUUCGUCUGCAACGCUCGAUCACCUUUUUCUGUGGCGGUGGCUUUUUCUGUUUCCUACACCUAGCCUGCUUUCCCUGCAACUACCACAGACCACAACGGGCUUUUGAUUUGCCUGCUUGUGCAGCUUCAGCUUUCUUGUCUCGUUCCUUCUUUGUUGCUCUCGGUCUGGGCGACCCCGAAAUUCUCCCUGUUUUCAUUUUCCCCGUUCUCUCUUUUUCCCUUUCGCAGCAGCCCUAUUUGGUCCCCUAAGCAAGAAAGCUCCGAUAUCCGUUCGAUCCCUAGAGAAUUCCCUGUUGUCCAUAUCCUACUCGUAUAUCCAUCUCCGGGCGGUGUUGUGAUUUCCAAGCAUCGUCACCAGACCUAAGAAACCAUCGUCAUUGCCCUAUAACUCCUUUGUUGUCUUCUCUCUUCCCUGAUAAAAGAGUUACCAGCGCCCCUCUCGAAUCCUUUCUCGGGCCCCUCCUCCAACAAACGCCGAAAAAACGACACACGGUCCGUUCCCUGCUCUCAUCGCCAACAUUCGCAAGCCUGGUACUGUACGACUGCUGCAUCAAAACCGACGCCACAACUCGCGAGGCUUGCAUUUGCUUACCGACCUCGUCCCAUUCCGCGCUGGCCUCGCCCGUCAAAACCACGCUAGCUCUGCAAGCAAUUCCACCCCAUCGUACAGCAGCGACCCGCUUGGCAUUGAGCCACCGGAGCUUGUUACCAAAAGGCUUAGCCUAGUCGGCCGACUAGCCCAGAAAAAAAAGAAGGGAAAAAAAAAUCCAGAACGACUGAAUUGUGUGGAGGAACACCAAGUCGCUGCUGCGCUGCGCUGUGCUCGCCGUCGUCGCAUCGCUAAGGCCGGACCACCUCCAUCCCCAAAUCGCACACCCCUCCCCUCACCCGCGCGCUCUCUCACCCUCCUACUCAUUUUCCCCAUUGUGCCUUUUUUAACCUUGCCGGUCCCCUCCUCCGCCUUUUGCUUCGCCUUCGUUUACCAGCAAGAGAAAAUCAACCAGGCUGCGGGGUUCGCUUCAACGGUCGUCUUGUUCUUGGCCUCCACGUGGAAUCGUCCAAACCAUAUUAAGCUCACCUCUCCCCCCCAUCCUCUCACUCCCCCCCGAGUUGCACCACAGAUCGACAUCUCACAUCUUCCUCUCUCACUUGUCUUCCCUUCUACCUCCCCUACCAUUCCCUUAUGUCGGUUCAGCCCAACAACAUCGACUCCAUCUCGGUCUCGUCCGCAGACAAGGUUGUCACCAUCCAUAACAUUGACAUGGCCUCGUCCUCUACGCAAGAGGCUACGCUGCCUCCCGUCAUGGACGAAAAGCAGGAGCUUGCCUGGAGCAAAGUCCGCUCCGUCUGGUCCGAUGCCUUUUCCGAGUUCUUUGGUACCAUGAUCCUUAUUCUCUUUGGUGUCGGUUCCGUUUGCCAGGUUGUCCUGUCCAAGGGUACCAAGGGCGACUACCAAAGUAUUUCUUGGGGUUGGGGCAUUGGUGUCAUGUUCGGCUUCCUCGUCGCUGGCAAGUCUGGCGGCCACCUCAACCCUGCCGUCACCUUUGCCAACUGCCUCUACCGCGGCCACCCAUGGCGCAAGUUUCCCGUCUACGCCCUGGCCCAACUCCUGGGAGCCAUGACUGGCGCUGCCAUUUGCUACGCCAACUACCGCUCAGCCAUUGAUACCUUUGAGGGCGGCGUCAACAUCCGCACUGUUGGUGGUGAUAACUCCACCGCUGGCCUGUUUUGCACAUACCCUGCUCCCUUCAUGAGCCGCACUGGCAUGUUCUUCUCCGAGUUUAUCGCCAGCAGCAUUCUCCAGAUUGUCAUCUUUGGCUUGACCGAUGCCGACAACUUCAACGGCCCCCACAUGAGCCUGUUCCCUCUGUGGCUCUUCUUCCUCAUCUUUGGCAUUGGUGCUUGCUUCGGUUGGGAGACUGGUUACGCCAUCAACUUGGCCCGUGACUUUGGCCCUCGUCUCGUCACCUACAUGAUUGGCUACGGCCACGAAGUCUGGUCUGCCGGCGGCUACUACUUCUGGAUCCCUAUGGUGGCUCCCUUCUUUGGCUGUGCUUUCGGCGGCUUCCUGUACGACACCUUCAUCUACACUGGCGAGAGCCCCAUCAACACCCCUGCGCUCGGUCUUCCUCGUCUCUUCCAGCCCCGCCGCACCGUGUGGUCCAACACAUAUAAGGCCAAGGUCAAUGGAGCUGUCUAAGUCGUUGGUUGUGUUGAAGAAUGAUGUAUAUAUAUCAUGGUGUGGGGGCUGUGGCUGAGUGUGCUAUAUCCAGCAUCUGAUUCGGGGAUGAGCAGCAUGUGCAUGGAUGAAAGAUUGUGUUUAGCGGAGCAUUUUGUCGUUUCUUUUUGGCGUUCUUUUUCUGUACAGUAUUCUAUGGGACAUUGACUAGAGAUGAGCGAUGACUGUCAUUUUAUUAUCAAAGCAUUUUCCUAUGAGCCACCACCGUUCACAUGAUGCGCCUUUGUAAAAGUGUUGGCGUUUUUGUACUAUGAUAGCAUUCCUGCUAUAGGCAGAGAAGAGCGGCUACGGCAGGAGAAGCCACUUGGUCUACUCUGCUUUAACCGCUAACUAUGAAAAUAUGGCGUAAAGCAAAAGACACGACUUUAAGGAACUGUGACAUGUGAUGUCUAAAAAAAAAAUCAGAGAGGCUAGAAUGGAGCCAUUGGCACCACUGUGGCGUUUGUUAUAGGAGCAAGGAAGAGAUGGGACGACAGGAGACAAGAAGCGAUGGAGACGACAGCUGCCGCAAGUCAUGUUGUAUGUGGACUUGUAGUGGAGUCUCUAAAACCUUUUAAAAACAAAUUGGCGAACAAAGAGCAAAAUGACUUGCA